AUGGCGCUGGCUCUAUGGACGGGAGGAAACAGCCAGCAUGGGUAUAACGAAGUUCAGAAGAUCAAUAAGCGUGUUAACUGGCUGAACAGCAACGUCUUCCCUGAUCGGCAGAUCGACCAGGAGGCCAUAGGCGCCUUGUGCCACCUGGGCGUGGCACGGUCAAUGGAGAUGCUCAAGGAGAUGGAAGAAAAGGCAGAACAGAUCAAGACUCCCAGCAACUACAUCAAGGCCGCAGCCGGGCGAGAAGCAGCACCUGCAGCUGCGGGCCACUCAAAUGAUCCAGCGAAGAUUCACCGAAGAGCAACUUGGCUGAGCACCAACGUCUUCCAGGAUCGGCCAAUCGAUCAAGAGGCUGUGCUCGCCAUGAAGAGCCUUGACACCAGACGGGCCCUGGAAUUGUUCAAGGAGAUUGAGGAGAAGAAAGAUCAGAUAAAGAACCCCAGCAGAUGGCUCAUCUCUGCUGUUUCGCGGGAAACUUCCGGGGUCUACCCGGAACAGCCCAGUGCCAGGGCACUGACAAUGCCGGCUGUCUAUGCACCACCAGCGAGGGCAAUGCACGGACCUGCCGGAGCAGCCAUGUCAAGUGCCGACACUAAGAUCCACCGUAGAGCCUCUUGGUUGAACGGGAACGUCUUUCCGGACCGUCCUAUCGAUGAAGAGGCCAUCGUCGCCAUGCAGGGUCUCGGUGGAGCCAGGGCCAUGGAGCUGUUUAAGGAAGUCGAGGAGAAGUUCGAGCAAAUCCGGAACCCAAGUUCCUAUCUGAAGACAGCGGCGGCUCGAGAGAACCCUUCCGUCCAGGGCCGCGGCAUGCCUCAAACGGCCCUCGCCCUGGCUCCGUUCCCGUCGCGCAGACCGGACGCGGACCCGGCCACGAAGAUUCAUCGCAGGGCGAGCUGGUUGAACGCAAACGUCUUCCCUAACCGCCACAUCGAUCCGGAGGCGAUCGAAGCCAUGAAGACCUUGGACUCUGGGCGCGCCAUGGAGCUUUUCAAGGAGGUUGAAGAGAAAAGUGGGCAGGUAAAGAAUCCGAGCGGCUAUCUGAAGAGCGCAGUUGCGCGGGAAGGGUCUGGAAUGCUACAGAAUCUGCCAGCAUCUCCUAGGGUGGGCACAGUUACCAGGCUGAGUGGCCCCGCGUCGCCAGAGGAACAGACGAAGAUACACAGGAGAGUAACUUGGAUGAAUGCCAACGUUUUUCCCGAUCGGAAGAUUGACGAUGAGGCCAUUGGGGCCAUGUAUGGCUUGGGCCUAGCGCGGGCCAUGGAGCUCCUCCAGGAGAUACAGGAGAAAUCCGACAGUAUGCGGAAUCCAGCUAAUUGGCUGAAGGCCGCUGCUUCUCGGGAGGGUCUGGCUCCACCUGCGCAAAGCAUGGCACCUCGGCUGGCCGUGUCUGUCACCAGGUUGUUCAUCUGCAGUCAGGGCGAUUGGUCCAGAACUUCCAGUCGGCGAGAAGAAAGAGAAGACGGCGGGCAGCAAGCGGUCGGUCCGAUGCUGAGCGCAAAGGUUUGGCAAUCAGACGGCUUCAUCACGAAAGCUCCCUCUAGGUUGGGGAAGGUCCGGGGAGGGGUCUAUUUGGAGAAACAGGUCAUCGGCCAUGUACAGGGCUAUGUAUUCACAUGGAAUGAGGAGGGGAACGGGAAGUUUCGAGCCAAUCUUUCCCCGGAUGGGCAGAGUUUCACUGGAACUGCUCAGCUCGACCCAAUUACAUGUGUUUCCUUCAACGCCACCAGGAACCGAGACGAAGGAACUCAGCUGCCCGCAGCUCAGCCGGAUGUGUUUUUCGCGCAGCAAUGCAUCGUUUGCCGCAGCAGUAGCCCCCGGCCUCAAGAGGCAAAGGAGCCCACAGAACUGCCCGCAUCACGUGAAGUGCAUGGCGGCAUCAUCGAAGGGAUGACAGUGAUGUGGUGGCGCUUUCAGGCUUCAGUCCGCCAGCCGAAGUUCUUGAAUGAUUCUCGCAGACAUUUGACAUGCUCUCCACAAUGCGACGCGUCGGCGCUGGGCGCCGGCAAGUGGCAAGCCUGCAACACAAACGAUGCCCUGAAAGAAGCCAGUGGCCUCAGCAUUACGCCUGUAGACCAUUUCAACACUCAGCGGCAGGAUGAGACUUAUGGUGCUGGUGCUUUGGCGUUUGGCUCGUCGUUCUUCCUGGCCGGCGACAGUGACAAUGCCGGGCAGGAGGUCACGAUGCAGGAAAUGCUGCGCGAGUACCUCAUGAAAGGUAAGGUAGAGAAGAUCCAGAUUGUGAACCAGGGUCUCGCGCGAGUAUAUCUACGCAAGGACACUGCUGGGCCGGAGGUUGUGACGAUCAACUUGGGCCGGCCCGAAGCCUUCGAGACGAAGCUGGAGAAUGUGCAAAAUGAGCUUGGUGUUCCACAGCUGGAGCACAUUCCAAUCCAGUACGUCUAUGAGACAAACUAUAUUGGCGAGAUUUUGCCGUAUGUUCCUUCUCUUCUGUUCUUGCUUCCGCUUCUGUGGGUAAGCAGGAGUCUCGGAAGCGGCUUGCCCGGCGCUGGUGGGCCGGGUGGGCGAAAUGUCUUUAGCAUGGGGAAGGCGUUUCCAUCGCAAAAGAAGGAUGUAAAGUCGAAGAUCAGGUUCACGGAUGUAGCCGGUCUGGAUCAGGCGAAGGCGGAGGUCGUCGAGUUCGUGGACUUCCUCAAGAGUCCGAAGAAAUAUGAAAAACUUGGAGCUCGCGUGCCCAAAGGUGGACUGUUCGUGGGACCUCCUGGAACUGGGAAGACAUUGCUAGCGAAGGCUGUUGCAGGAGAGGCUGACUGCCCUUUCUACUCGAUGAGUGGCUCUGACUUCGUGGAGAUGUAUGUUGGCGUGGGUGCCUCCCGCGUCAGAGAUCUUUUCAAGCAAGCCCGAGAUUCAGCACCCUCGAUCAUUUUCAUUGAUGAGAUUGACGCGAUAGGGCGCAAGCGUGGAAAGGGUGGCUUCACCGGCGGAAAUGACGAACGUGAGAGCACGUUGAAUCAGAUGUUGGUGGAGAUGGAUGGGUUUACAUCCUCCACAGGCGUGGUGGUGCUUGCUGGCACGAACCGCGUGGACAUUCUGGACAAUGCCUUGCUGAGACCGGGACGUUUCGACCGACAGAUUGCGAUUGACAAGCCAGACAUGGCUGAACGCGAAAAAAUUUACAUGGUACAUCUGAAGCCUGUUAGGCUGGAGGAAGGCCUGAAAAUGGAAGAUGUCGCCAAAAGAAUGGCCACAUUGACACCUGGAUUUGCUGGGGCUGACAUUGCCAACGUUUGCAAUGAGGCGGCCAUUUUCGCAGCACGUCGGAAAGCGGAGUCGGUCACCAUGGAUGACUUUGAGCGCGCGACCGAGCGCGUGAUCGGCGGGCUGCCGAAGACGAACAGCCUUAUGAGUGCUGAAGACAAGCGAACUGUUGCCAUCCACGAGUCGGGCCAUGCCGUGGCAGGCUGGUUCCUGGAGCACGCAGAUCCCCUUCUGAAAGUCUCUAUACAGCCUCGCUCCAGUGGCGCACUGGGCUUUGCGCAGUACCUGCCCGCGGAGUUCAGCCUCUACUCCAAGGAAGCGAUCCUGGACAAAAUCGCGGUGUCACUGGGUGGCAGAGCGGCAGAGGAGCUCUUUGUGGGAAAGAUUUCCACUGGGGCCUCGGACGACUUGGACAAGGUCACGAAGAUGGCGCAUGCUAUGGUGGCCGUCUAUGGCAUGUCCGAUAAGAUUGGAUUGCUGAAUUUCGGUCAGAACGAUGCAAGCAACCAGUUCUACAAGCCCUACAGCGAAGCCACUGGCCAGAUGAUCGACAAAGAGACGCGAGAGGUAGUGGAUCAGCAGUACGAGAGGGUGAAGAAGCUGCUGCUCCAACACGAGGAGAAGCUCCGCUCGCUCACCGAAAGACUAAAUUCCAAGGAGACCUUGGUGUACAAUGAGCUGGUCGAGGUCUUGGGUGAGAGGCCCUAUGAGAUGAAGAAGGAAAUCAGUGCCUUCGUGACGGCAGGAGCCAACCCCUUCGCCGCAGAAGCUGAGGAGAAGCCAGCAGAAGGCCCUCCGGACAGUGAUGGACCGGCACCUGGACUACAGCCCGCGUGA